CACGGGUUCGGAAAUCGUUACGUCUGUAUAAAAGAAGCGGACCGCUGGGUUAGACGGCAUCAGUACACCAGCUGAGUUCUUCGAGUGCAUUAGCCAACAGUCUUCAAUCAAUUUGCCAAUCAACCCACCUAAACAGCUAACAAAAAUGGCCUUCAAGUUUGUCAUCCUCGCCGCACUCGUUGCCGCCGUCAGUGCCGGUGGACCAGCUGCCUACUCGAUCGCUUCGCCGAGCGUGGACUACCACUCGGUCGGUGCCUCGCACGAGCACACCGUCAAGGGUCUGUACGGCCAGAACGUGCUGUCCCAGUAUUCGAAAGCCGUCGACUCCGCACACUCGUCGGUGCGUGUGCACAGCUCCCGUCUGAGCAACGAUGGAUACGCUUACGCCCCGGCCGUUAAGUACGCCGCCCCAGCUUAUGCUGCCCAUUAUGCCGCUCCGGCCGUCCACUACCCAGCUGCUGCCCACUAUGCCGCUCCGGCCGUCCACUACCCAGCUGCCGCUCACUACGCCGCCCCCGCUGUCCACUACCCGGCCGCUCACUAUGCCGCUCCCGCCGUCCACUACGCUGCCCACGCCCCGAUCGUUAAGGCCGCCUACCCUGCUGCCAUUGCCGCCCCGCUGGCCUACAAGGCUCCGCUGGCCGCUCCUGUAGCUGCCGUGCACGGUGGAUCGGUCGUGCAGUUCGCCGGUCUCGGUGCCAGCUACGCCUGGUAAGAAGUGAUGACCCGGACUGAACCCUUGUGCACUGGAGACGACCCCAAACCGAGAUGCUGCUGGCAGGCAGUAGCAAUAGCUUUACCAAUUUAAACAAACCAGCAGUCACACAAAGUCAAACAGCAGCUUAGUACCUAAGUUCUAGGUUCAUGAGCAUUCAUGAGCGAAGUGAACGAGCAAGGAUGAAAUAAAUUCGCGGAAGUGGCGCAGUGGUGUUUGGUGCGCCGGACGUAAGGAAA